AUGGUUGUCCGCAGGGGCAAUGCGCAAACCUCACCGGCCAAGGCUUCAGACAUAAAGGGUUACGGCUGGGUCAGGAGGACCGCGUUUGACAUCGAUCCAGCAGUCUCAUGGAAUGAAAUCGCCUGUAUUAAGAGCAUCACCAACCUGCCAAUCGUACUUAAGGGCACCCAGACUGCCGCGGACGCGAAACGCGCGAUACUCGAGGGCUGUAAUGCCACGGCGGCAGAGUCGUCGACACCGCCCAGCAUCGCUCUUGGUCCUGCUGGAAAUGCACCUCCUGUGCCCGGAAGUGUUUGGAAAGAUGGAAAUCUUCGUUGA